AUGCUCUUAUCGCCCAACUCGUCUACGAAGCAUAUUCAAGACGACGCUGCUUUGGCCGAGGACUCUGAUGAACUUCCCGAACACCUCAUGCACGCCACCACGAUGAAUUCCGAUCAGAUCGUCCUUCCGAGGCCGGCAGUGGACCGCAAGGAAUCCCUGCUGACUCGCGCGUUGAAGAGCAGCCCGGAGAUGUCCCCCACCGAACCUCACUCCUCCCACUAUGAAUCCUACAUGUACCGAUCCUACCCUCACAGCAACCUCAGUGGCAUCUCGACUGCCGAGCUCACCAGUGACGGUGGUCUUACAAGUCCGUCAUUGUCAGACACCGCCAGCCCGCCUUUACCCUCACAAAUGAUGAAUAACGCAUCGAUGGCGAAGAAGACUGUGGCCCCUAAAGUGCAAACGGCCGACCCCAGCGAGACUAGUGUGGAGGUUGGCCUUGGCCGCAAGCGAUGCAUCAGCUUCGCUUGUGGUCGUAAGACCGAUGAUAAGAAUGAGAUCAGAUCUCCCGUAUCACCCUCGGAAUCACAAGAGCUCCCAAAGCCCAAAGUCCACGCACUGGUAAUGCCUCCUGCGGAAGAAGCCCCGAUCCAACCAAUUAAGCGCCAAAGCACUCUCACAUUUGUGUGUCCUGGACGAGACACCGCUUGCGAGAGACAGCGAUCCCCCACACGCAAAUCUCCAAUUCGGCCGCGAUGCCGUGGUUCCCCUGCACCUGUUGCUCGCAGACCCUCUCCCCCUUUGAAGGAAUCUUCCAAGCAGAUGGCGAAGGAAGUGGCUAGCUCCGUUUCUACAGACCGCAAGGGCGUCCCGACUAGCGGACUGGGCAAGUUCGAGGAAUCCGAAGCUACUCGGUUCCAUGAAUUUGCUAGUUCUAUGGAUGAAGACGAUGAGUGGGUGACUAAGGAGACUGACUACACGGAGAAGAUCACCUUGAACGACUGUAUGAAGAAGGAGAUGGCCAUUCGCCGGCUUGGUGAACAGGCGGAAGAAGAGGCCUUGGAGGAGGAAGAAGAUAUGGAAGAUCUCGCUGAUGACGACUCGACCGUGCAUGACUUCUCUUCAGACGACGGCAAUGAAUCAGACAACGAGGCUGGCUUUGCAGAGUCAGAUGAGAGUGAUGAGGAUGGUUCCGAUUACGAAUUUUGGGGUUCGUCAAACGCUGUUUCAGAAUCUACCAGUCAGACUAUCGAUACACGUCCCUCCGUAAUGGAACGCCGCGCCUCAAACACAUCCUUUGACUCCAUGACGGAUGAUCACUUGUGCUGGCUUCCCGCCCCCGUACAAAGGCUCAGCGGUCGUCGCCCUUCCAAGAAUUCUAAAAGUAUCAAGAUCCGCCCGCGGACUCCGAACCUUCCUGAUAGCACCGAUUUUGUGUGUGGAACUCUCGACGAGGAUCGACCACUCGAAGUUGCCUACAAAUCGUGUCUCGAAGAGCGGCGCCGCGCAAAGGAGAUUCUCAUUCCUCAGGACAUCGACCCCAGUUUCCCCACCAGCGAUCCGGAGGACGACGAAGACCUUGAACCAUCCGAGCAAGAGCUUUCCGAUAUGUCCCCUGGCGUAGGUCAGCACGAUGAAUACUCUCGAGGACGGCAAGAGGGCGAGGCCCGCAAGCACUCUCCCCGCCACUCCCCUAAACGUCUGAUGUCUCCACCACCCCGUCGCGCUGGCCGCAUCUCUCCCAAGCGUCUCAAGUCCCCACCCCCACGCAUGAGAGCCAAGUCACCGAUUCCCCCUAAAUGGGAAUUCACUGAGGAUAUGCCCCUUGUCGAAUCCCCUGAAGGUCUCAACAUCAGCCACCUGGUACAGCGCCGACCCCUCGUCCGUACCAAGUCGCUUCCUCGCGUACCCAACCCUUUCUUUACUGGUCUUGAUAAGGACCACAGAUGGCAAGGUAUCUCCGAGUCGCCAGAGCGCGAACACUCACGUACCCGUGAACUACACACUCGUGGCCCCGUCGACAUUGUCGAGGGGCUCGAGAAGAAACGCCAGAAACGCAAAGAGAAGUUCUGGCGCCAACACUGCCGCAAAGCUGCCAAAGAGCAGAUGGGCAAACGGCCUAUUCCUGGCCAUGGAGCCGAACGGAUGAAGGAGCUUGGCCUCGAAGUUGCUGAGAGGUGCAGAGCUUACGGCGUCGGUCAAGACGCCCAGCUCGUCCUAUCCGUUUGA